GGUUUCUCCUUCAGUAACCCGAACAAUAUCUUUGCCGAGUUCAUGCGAUCAGGCGCUGCAGGCGGCGGCGGCGGCGGCGGCGGCGGUAUGGAGGAAGACGACCUGCUGGCUAGCAUACUCGGAGGUGGUGCUGGAGGCGGCCGAACUAGGAUGCGGUCCAACUUCCCCGGCGCUGGAGGCGAACAUUUCCGCGGUGGUGCCCGCGAAGCCACACCGGAGGUUACCACUGUCGAGCGUGCGUUGCCGCUGACCCUCGAGGAGCUCUACAACGGCGUGACAAAGAAGAUGAAGAUCAAGAGGAAGACGUUCGACGAGACUGGCAAGAGGACCACCAGCGACCAGGUUCUAGAAGUGCCUAUCAAGCCCGGCUUGAAGAAGGGCAGCAAAAUCAAGUUCAAGGGAGUUGGAGACCAGGAGGAAGGCGGCAAACAGGAUCUGCACUUCAUUGUCGAGGAGAAACCACACCCGCUCUUCGUGCGUGACGGAGACGACCUGAUUCACACACUUGAGUUGCCGCUGAAGGAUGCCCUGACUGGCUGGAGGCGGACCGUGACCACGAUCGACGGCAAGCAAUUGACUCUCGAUAAGGCCGGCCCGACAGCUCCUGGUUCAUCCGACAGCUACCCCGGCCAGGGUAUGCCCAUCUCGAAGAAGCCUGGUGAAAGGGGCAACUUCAUUAUCAAGUACAACGUCAAGUUCCCCACGACAUUGACUGCACAGCAAAAGCAGGAGUUGAAGAAGAUUCUAUAAGUAUGGUUCUAUGAGCAUUUGCCAAGGUUGGGAGUCAUCGAGGCGUUUUCUGGUAAAUCCGGCGUUGGUGGAUACUGCAUUUCUGACGAUGAGAUGAAAAUUAUGACAUGUCAAGCGUGCCGCGUUAGUAUUGUUGGCACGUAGUAUGACAGCAAAGGGGAGAGAUAAUUUAGGAGGCCGGGUCUCAUAUUUGGACACGCCUCUGGAUGUCGAUAUAAAUAGCACUGUAUUUCUUGAACUUGCACAUAUAACCACCUUCUACGUUGCGUCUAGUCGUUCAGAGAUAUUUUACGACGAAUGUCCGCUU